AUGGAACCACAGCCCUCCCAACCCAACAGCACGAACCACGAACAACCAAAUCCCACCAAACUCCCCAAAGCAACCCUCCUCGCCCCAUUCAACUCCGCAAACGCAACCGCAGAAAAGAUCUGCGCAGCACCAAUAGAAUACACGCAAUCCCUGCCCGGCAAAAACACACUCUCCAGAUUUAUCGACAGCCUCGCACCAUGGUUUUCCGUCAAGGAAGAAUACCUCGCCCCCCUGCGCGAGAUAACCUCCACCCUCUUCACCACGAUCCUGAUACUGGACGAUAUAGAAGACUCCUCCCCGCUCCGCCGGGGCCAUCCCUCCGCGCACACGCAGUUCGGAACAGCCCAGACCGUCAACGCAGCCACAUACACUUUGAUGAGUCUCACCGCGUCCAUCCACCAGCGUCUCGGGCCAGAAGCAUUGCAGGUCUUUCUCGAGGAGAUGCAGAACCUCGGGAAGGGGCAGGCGCUCGAUCUUCACUGGACGUUUAUGGCAACAUGUCCAACGGUGGAGGAGUACCUGGGGAUGGUGGAUCUCAAGACGGGGAGUUUGUUCCGGUUGGUGGUGCGGUGGAUGAGUAUUGGGGCCAAAGUGGGAGCCCGGGGAGUCGAUGGGGAGGUGGCGGGGUUGGUUACGCUGUUGGGACGGUAUUAUCAGGUCAGGGAUGAUUUGUUGAAUUUGUCGGGGGAGUAUACGGCGACUAAAGGUCGGUGUGAGGAUUUGGAUGAGGGCAAGUUCUCGUUUCCUUUGGUUUGGUUGUUACAGGUGCGGGGGGUUGAAGUUGGCAAGGAGAUCCAUGGGUUGCUUUUUGGUGACGCGGGACAGGAGGGGGAGAGAAGGGGGGUGUCGGAUGAGAUUAAGGAGAGGGUGGUUGAACUCAUGAGGGCUUCUGGGACGCUGGAGGAUACGGGCAAGGUAUUGACAGAGAUCCUUGAGAGGAUUCUGGAGGCACUGGGCAGAGUUGAGGGGAGGUUGGGGGUAAAUGCUGGGUUGCGGGGAUUAAUUUCGCGUCUUAGGGUUUGA